CCCGAUUUCUUCCGGUCCCGACCCCGCAUUUCAAAUUUCCUCCUCCGCCUCCUCCUCCUCGUCUCCGGCCACCGUUAAAUACCUCGCCGCCGACCACCACCACCGCGGCGGCCCUGACCCCACCCUGCGAGCCCUAGCCAUGGACGGCGACGACGAGGAUAUGCGCGACGUCUCGUCCACGUCGUCCUCCUCCUGCGGCGGAGGGGAGGGCGCGGGGUUCGAGGAGGGGAUGGGGGAGGGGGUGAUGGUGAUGGAGGUGAGGUGGUUCGAGGUGGACCUGGAGUACGAGUUCGACGCGCCCAGGUGGUUCGACCUCGCCGUGGAGGAGUCGCCGGUGGAGGCGGCGGCGGCGCAGCUGUGGUUCGCCUCCGCGCCCAGCUACCCGCCCUCUCCCUUAAUUGCCAAGAUGUUGGCUGAAGAUCUUGGGUUGCAAAGUUUAAGAAGCACUGUGGAUAUAGAUGCAGCACAUUGCUCUAAAUCCUCUCAUGAAUGUUCCAAUGGUGCUGAACAAACGAUCCAUCGGCCACAUAUACCAAAUGAAGGAAGGAUACCUUGCCAUCAAGUUUCAGCGAACGAGCGAAAACAUGGCGUUCGAACUAUUGGAAAAGGAACUAUCCCAAAGAGGUCUACACUGAUGAAGCCUACAGCCAGUCAAUUAGCCAGGCAAAACAGACAAAUUGAAGUGAAGAACUCCACACAGAGUAAAAAGUCGGUUGGGGUGAGAAGUGAUAGAAGUACCAUGAGCUCCAAUGACUGCACCUACCAAGCUGCUAAAAGGCAGAGACUAGAAAGAGGGCAUCUCAACAAGGUUGUUUCAACUAAUCAACCUGAGUUGAUCCAUAAGAAUCAUGCAAAGAAUGUUAUGACUAGUAGCUCUGAUCAUGCCAUUGCUGUACCAAAAUUGAAGAUUACAAUUCCCAGAGAACCUGAAUUGGCAACAAAGCUAAGAGCAGAGAGGUCAAGGAUACUCAGAGCAGUGCCAACUAAUUCAAAGCAGCUAAACAAACAGGCGGCACAAUCCAUUUCUAUGACACAAGCGUCAUCGAUUAGAAAGGUUGUGCAACCUUCUGGGCGCAAUGAUCAUCAGCAUGCAAGUGUUCCACAUCGCGGUAUUGGGUCAAAUGUGCCAGUGUGUACUGCUAAUCGUCCAAGGCAUCUUGACAACAUUUGCAAAACGCCGGAUGAGUGCAGAGAUGACCUGUUUAAAUUUAAAGCUCGACCAGUGGAUAAAAAGAUACUAGGAAGCAAAGGAGAUAUUGGUGUAUUUCAAAAUGCCAAAAGGAGCACAACAGUUCCUAAGGAAUUUAAGUUGUCAACUGGUAGGAAGGGUAAGCAGGCUCCAUUAUCUGAACUCUUCAACAAGCUCACUUUAACUACUGAAGCACGCCGUGCUUUAGAUCACCGGACUGCUGAUCUUCCAAAUUAUAUUACCACCAAGGACUGCAAAGAGAACAUGAUUGGUAACAUGCAAAGCUAGCUAUGGUAGAUCCAGUCAGUCAAGACAUACAAAACAUAGGAAUUCUUCUCUUUGACAAUUCCUGGUUCAGAUUCCUUUUCUCCACCUGAACAAAGGCUAAGCGUCUGUUUUGGACAGUAGGAUCUCGACUUCAUUUGAGUUUUGACAAAGAUGGAGCGAUACAUUAUUUUGACUUGAAGGCACCGACCAAGGCACCGUCCCGGCCAUCCCCGGCAACCUCCCGUCUCCGCUGCCGUGCAGCUGAACAUAAUUCCGUACCUGCUCGCGGCCAUGGCGGAGAUCGAUUUGUACAGAGAAACUAACCAUGACGCCGGUGUGUACUCCAGAUCUGUAACUUGUUGCCAAUCAUCAUCCAGCAAAGUUGCUUGCUUGCUUCUCUCUCCUUGCAUCGUUCAAAUUACUGGGAAAACAAUGUUAGCCAGGAACCAUGGAGAUAUAGUCACAGAGAUACUAACUCCAUGGGACCCGUAGCUCUGAAUUCUGAUGCUGGUCGGGCAAAGACGGGCAUACAGGCUUGUCCAACCAGAAAAAUACUGUGGCAUGGUCAGGGUGAGCACCUGAUGGCUGAUGACCUGACCUGACCUACAUAGAGUAGAUGCCAUGGCAGUGGUGUCACGGUGUACGUGUGAGCCAAACUGUACAUGUCAAACAAGUGUAGCCAUCAUACUGGAGUAGCAUGGGAUCAGAACGGCUCAGGCAUCUCA